GAAGCUUCCUGUUUUGCAGAGGUGUGGUUUAUGGCACAUCACUAUUUGUGGUAUUUUGUAACUUCCUUUAACAAGUAAAACUAAACAUUUAGAGCUGGAAUGCCCUGGGAAAUGACCAGACUCCGGACUGUUUGAAGAGUUUUGAUAGCAGAGUAAGAAACCAUCGAUUCUUCCAGUCUAGAUAGGGGUUUAACACAGGGCAGGGGCAGUAGGCAUGCAAAUAGAAGAGCCAAAGAUGGGUCAGGUAGUGAUAGAUACGCAGGUGAGUCGUGGAGGAGGUUUUAUUUAGUCAUGGAUAAACAGCUCUGCCUCAUAAAUCUUGUUAUGAGGUCUGGACUUUGAGCUGUCUGCAGACGUUGUCUGACUGAGGAGAGCGAUGAAUGAACACCUGAUGAAAAUCCUGAUUGUUGGGGAUGGGGACGUUGGAAAAACCUCCUUUGUACAGCGCUACGUCAGCGGACAGUUCAACAAAACCUACAAGAUGACGGUGGGAGUGGAUUUCUCAGUGAAGCUACUGCAGUGGUCGGACAAAGACAGGGUCCGUCUCCAGCUCUGGGACAUUGCAGGCCAGGAGCGUUUCAUAUCCAUGACCAGGAUUUAUUACAAAGGCGCGCUGGGCUGUGUGGUGAUGUUUGACGUCACCAGCUCGUCCAGCUUCCUCAACUGUCGCCAUUGGAAACAGGAUUUGGACAACAAGGCCAUGCUGCCCAAUGGACACUCCAUCCCCUGCAUCCUGCUGGCCAACAAGUGUGACCUGUCACAGCGGGUCGUGUCAGCAGAAAGCAUCGACUCCUUCAGUAAAUCCAACGGCUUCCUCACAUGGAUGGAGACUUCAGCCAAAGAGGGCAAGAACAUAGGAGAGGCCAUGAGGAGGUUGGUGCAGGAAAUCAUGACGGUUCAGUCCAGCCUGGACGUUCCUCAUCCUGAACCUCAGCAGGACAUCCAGCAGCUGGGCUGUGAGAACAACAGCAGGAGACUAGGAUGCUGCUGAAGCGCCGCUGUCUGUAACGACAGGAGCAGAAAUACAGCCAGGAGCUGUUCAGAGAUAAAAACAGCAGAGAUUUUAAAGUGACGCUGAGAAACUGGCACUCUCUCCUGAAGUACCGAGCCACCCUGACGCCUCGUUUCCAUGUGUUCAUGUGAAACAUGUCUGUCGAUCUGUAUGCAGAUGAGAACUCAGUGUUCAAAGCAAGAAGUGGAUAGAGACCUGAUAGAAAGUACCUGUAGCCCAGGUGUUUACCCUGUAAAAGGAAGCUUUUGUAAAUGCUGCUGUGCUGAACUCAGGGUGGAUUAAUAGUGAGUCCCUGUAAAUAAGAGUACAGCAGAGACCGUCCCUCUGUGCCUUCAGAUUAUGUGUGUGCUGGAUUAGUGCUUUACAAAUAA